GAUCUUGACAAUAAUUACUAUGCACUUACACUGCUCAUCUAUCAAUCAGUUAAGGCGAUCAAGGAUAGCUCUAUCGAGAUGAGAUUCCAUAUUAACACGAACAUGAUCUUUUUCAAUUGGAAUACAUAUACUUGAGAACAAUUACAGACCUUUCUACUUCCUGCUUGGAGAUGAGGAAGCCACUUGGCGUGCCGGAAAGCCAACUUGGGACUUUAUCUAGCCGGACAUAGAGAGAAUACGGCCUCGAUGCAUACGGUACACAACACCAUUGUUCUGCUUAUAAAAAUGCACUGCCUGAUGAUCACAAGUCACUAGUCGGCAACAAAUCACAUCAACGAGAUGAGCAACUAUAUUAUCAAAUGUGUUCUGUUGGUGAGUGUAGGUGUGAGCUUGUGUCUUGCAGAUGAUCAGUACACAUCAAAAUACGACAAUAUUGACCUGGACAAAAUCCUAGACAGCAAGAGACUGGUGUCCAACUAUGUGCAGUGUUUGUUGGGGACUAAGGGUUGUCCCCCAGAAGGCCUGGAGCUCAAACGAAUUCUGCCAGAUGCUCUGAAAACACAGUGCUCGAAAUGCACAUGCGUGCAGAGACAAGGAGCGGUGAAGGCGAUACAGAGGCUCCAGAAAGACUACCCCGACGAAUGGAAACUUCUAUUGGACAAGUGGGAUGCCAAAAGAGAGAGUUUGGCCAAAUUCGAUGAUUAUGUGAAGAAAGGCGGAAAAAUUUGUUAGGAAUCAAAAAAAUUAAUAAAGUUAUUUUUUCAAGU